GAAGAAUUCAAGCAAGGAGGACAACAUGGAUCCAGAACAGGCGCAUCUUCUCUAGAAUGGUAAUCCAGGUGAAGUAUUUAUAGAAACUCGAGCCUACCGGAAAGCAAGAGACGUUUUGUUAGAAAAGAAGUAUGUUUUUAUAAAAGGAAACCCCGGGGAUGGUAAAACGGCGAUAGCUAAACACCUCUUGAAAGAAUUGAAAAAGUCAUAUAAUAAGCAUGAGAAGGUUGUCACGGGUCUUAAGGAAUUGUGUGGAAAACACGUUCAAACCAAAGAUACCGUAUUUUUUGUAGAUAAUCUAUUCGGAGAAUAUGCUUUCAGGAAAUCAGAGAUAGGACAAUGGGAAACAACAAUAAUGUCUGUAGAAAACGUUUUGUCUGCUGAAAUUGACAAGAAAGGAAAUCUUUUGGUUGUAACGAUCCGCAAUGAUAUGUAUUCAAAAGUUGUAAGUGAACUUGAAUUUAAAAUCGAUUUCAUUAAGAAAGCUUUGGUUGAUAUUUCAGAUUCGUCAAACAAGUUAACAAGAGAAGAAAUGAAACAAAUUUAUGAUCUUUAUGUCGACAUUCCAUUUCAAACAGAUGAAUUGCACAAGACAUUCAGUUGUAUACCCCCUUUAGGAUUUCCGCAGUCAUGUAAAUUAUUUGGAAAUGACAAAAUAUUACAGAAAAAAGGAUUGAAUUUCUUUCAAAAUCCCACAGAAUGUUUAAAAAAGUACGUAAAUGGUAUGUUCCGUUGCUCGAAACUUCAGUUUUCCGUUCUUGUUUAUAUUCUAAUGAAUAAUGGCAGUGUGGCAAAUUCUUCUCUACGAAAUAAUAAUGUUGAUAGGGAGAAAAAAAUAAAAGCAAUGGAGGUAUGUCUCAAAACGAAAGAUUCUCCAAAACUUUGGAAGUUUACUCAAUGCAUCGACGGAUUAAUUGAUUCUUUUUUAGUUGCCGAACAAAAUUUUUGCAAGUUUUCACAUAGUUGUAUUCAAAAUGUUGUUAAAAAUACACUAAUGGAAAACGACAUUCCUUUUGUAAUUGAGAAUUGUCACAUGUCAUUAUUAAUUAAUCUCCAUGUACAGGGAACAGAAGAAAUGGAAACGAACCUACAAGCAAUUGACCAAAGCUUUUUUGCAUAUAUUUAUAAUAGAAUUAUCGAAUGUCUUAAAUGUAAUACAAAGAGUGAACUUUUAAAAAUCAUAUCCUGUUUUCAACUUUGGAAGGACGAGUCAUUUUGCAUCGGAUUUCAAGACUUCAUGGAUGAAGAAAAAUAUUUGCUAACUAAAGUGGACGAGAAUUAUGCAUCAUUGCUUGUUUAUUUUUCAGAAGCAGGGCAAAUUAAAAUGGUUAAGUUCCUAUUGAAUAUUAUAACUGAUAACAAUCAAAAGUAUAAAGCAUUAAACCAAGCAACAUUGAUGAAUCAUGAAAACAUUGUUCAGAUUCUUUUGGAUAGCGGAAUUUCACCCGAUGCUAAAAUCUGUUUCUGUGCAAUACAGAAUGGGAACUUGGACAUAGUCAAACAAUUUAUCACUGCGGGCCUUGAUCUUUUAGAGAUAUCCGAGUCUAGGCACCCAUUUUACGAAGGAUCUGUGUCUUUGUUAGUGGAAGCAUGUCUAUGGGAAAAAUUGGAAUUGAUUUUCUCUUUACUGAAACAAUGUCCUGAUCUAUGUAAUGUGAAAACGUCCAUUGAAGAGCCAGCCCCUCAUAUUCUAGCCUACGCUGGUGCAACCGAUGCACUUAAGUUUGUAAUUGAAGAGUGCAAAUACAAUCCAUUCCUUAAGACAAAAAAGGGCGUAUCAAUUCUACAUUAUGCAUGUCUUAACGGGAAAUUAGAAACUGCAAAAUACAUAAUCAGUAAUUAUCCUGAUCUAUUAAGAGAAGAACAUGACCUUAUUGAUGAUGGAUCUAUUUUACAUACGGUAGCUGCUGGAGGAAACGUUGAUUUGUUUCAGAUUUUAAAAAAUAAAACACCCACAAUUUCAUCUGAGACAGGUCAAACUGUUUAACACAUUGCUUGUCAGUACGGCACAUUUGAGAUGAUUAGAUUUAUUGUUUAUCGUUUUCCGAAAUUACUGUUUGUCAGAAACUUUUGGGGCGAAAAUGCUUUACAUAGUACCUGUUUAGAAGGGAAUAUAGAUUUUCUUAAGUUCCUCUUAGAGCAAGGUCUAGAUAUCAAAAGCACUAGAAAUGACGGGAGAACUGUGCUACAUUUGUGUUGUAUGAACGGUAAGAAAGACAUGUGCAAAUACUUGGUCAACACUUAUCCGUUUUUACUCCAUGUCAUUGACAAUGAUGGUGAGAAUGUUUUACAUGAUGCAGCCUGGGGUGGUAACGUUGAUCAAGUUAUGUUCCUCUUGGGAAAAGGCUUAGAUAUUAACAACACUACAAAUGAUGGGAAAACUGUGCUUCAUAUGUGUUGUAUGAACGGAAAGAUAGAUAUAUGCAUAUACUUGGUCAACAAAUAUCCUUACUUACUCC